AUGUCUUCAGAAAACACAGCACUACUAGAACAGGAGUCGUCGCCGCAGCAGCAGCCUGCACAGUCGAUGCUCAAGUCGGGCUACGAGGCGUGUGCGACGACGCUGCGGUCGUCGCCAGUCAACUGGUUGCUGCUCUUUGUGCCGCUUGGAAUCGUGGCAGAGAAAGUGGGCAUGGGUGCGGUGACGGUCUUCACAACGAACUUCAUGGCGAUCAUCCCGUUGGCGUCGUUGCUAGCCUUUGCCACGGAGGAGCUCGGCGAGUCCAUCCACAACGACUCCAUCGCAGGCUUGUUGAAUGCCACGUUCGGAAACGCGGUGGAGGUGAUUGUCUCCGUGAUCGCCUUGCGCCAGAACCAGGUGACCGUCGUGCAGGCCUCGAUGCUCGGCUCCAUCUUGUCCAACCUUCUCUUGGUGUUGGGGUCGUGCUUCAUCGUCGGAGGCCUGCGCUACAAGGAGCAGUUCUUCAACCAGACGGCGGCGCAGACCAUGGGCUCGUUGCUCGCGGUCUCGGUCAUGGCCCUCUUGUUGCCCGCCGCGUUCUACCUCUCGUUGCCCAAGGAUACGAGCCACUUGGCGGACAAGAUCUUGAACUUCUCCAGGGGCACUUCCUUCGUCUUGUUGACCGUCUACGUCUUUUACAUGGUCUUCCAGUUGAAGACACACGCUUUCCUUUUCACGGAAGACGCCGACGCCAGCGCCGAAAACGUCAUCCAGGACCUUGAGGCCCAGCCAGCCAAUCCAGCCCAGGCCCUUGAAUCCGCUGAGCCAGCAUCAUACUACGGCCAAGAAAACACCGCACCGGAGUCCGCUUCUUCCCACUCUCGUAGCAACUCCUUCCUGAUCAACAGACCAAAGUCCAUAUACGACCUGGGCUCGUCUCCGGAACAGCACCUUUCUGCUAUCUCCGCCAUAGCCGUCCUCCUCCUUUCCACCGUCAUGGUCUCCAUCAGUGCAGACUACUUGGUCGGAACCAUCGACGAGAUUGUGCAGACUUCUGGGUUGUCGAAGACAUUCAUCGGUUUGAUCAUCAUCCCCAUCGUCGGUAACGCGGCAGAACACGUCACGGCAAUCUACGUCGCAUACCACAACAAAAUGGACUUGGCCAUCGGAGUCGCCAUUGGCUCUUCCUUGCAAAUCGCCAUCUUUGUCACUCCGUUCUUAGUCCUGGUCGGCUGGAUCAUGGACGUGCCAAUGAGUUUGUAUUUCAGCAUGUAUGAGACAGCCGUCAUCUUUGUCUCUGUCUUCAUCACCAACUCCUUGAUUUUAGACGGCAGCUCCAACUGGUUGGAAGGUGUCAUGUUGGUUGCAACCUACUUUAUCAUCGGAAUAUCGUUUUUCUUGUUCCCAGAUACCUUGGGAGAAUUGGGCCUUCCACUCACACCGGUCGAGUUCAAGAGAGACUCGAACAAGGAGGUUUUGUUCAGCAUCGGUGAGUCCAUCCGUGAUGAAGACAUAUAUAUCAUCAUGCAGAUCGGAGCAGGACCGGUGAACGAUAAGGUUUUCGAGCUGUUGAUUAUGCUUAAUGCAUGCAGGGCUGCUUCGGCAAGAAGAAUCACAGCUGUUCUUCCGAACUUCCCAUAUGCCAGACAAGACAGAAAGGACAAGUCCCGUGCCCCAAUAACAGCCAAGUUGAUGGCCGACAUGCUCACCACCGCGGGUUGCGACCAUGUGAUCACGAUGGAUCUACAUGCAGCACAGAUCCAAGGUUUCUUCGACUCCCCAGUCGACAACCUUUAUGCAGAACCAAGUGUGGUCAGGUACAUCAAAGAGAAGAUAGAUAUGAAAAACGCCAUCAUCAUAUCACCAGACGCUGGUGGAGCCAAGAGAGCCGCCGGUUUGGCAGACAAGUUAGACUUGAACUUUGCCUUGAUUCACAAGGAGCGUGCCCGUGCCAACGAGGUGAGCAGAAUGGUCUUGGUGGGUGACGUUACCGAUAAGAUCUGCAUCAUUGUUGACGAUAUGGCUGACACCUGUGGUACCUUGGCGAAGGCCGCUGACGUUUUAUUGGACAACGGUGCCAAGUCUGUCAUUGCAAUCGUCACUCAUGGAAUUUUGAGUGGUAAGGCAAUUCAAAACAUUAACAACUCCAGAUUGGAAAAAGUCGUGUGUACGAAUACAGUUCCUUUCGAAUCAAAGUUGUCACAAUGUCCAAAAUUAGAUUCACUCGACAUCUCCGGUGUGUUGGCAGAAGCAAUCAGAAGAUUGCACAAUGGUGAAUCCAUCUCUUUCUUGUUCACAAACGCCCCAUACUGA